AUGGGAAAUAUUUUUGCAAAUCUUUUCAAGAAUCUCUUCGGCAAAAAAGAGAUGCGUAUUUUGAUGGUCGGUCUUGAUGCUGCAGGUAAAACGACAAUUUUGUACAAAUUGAAAUUAGGUGAAAUUGUAACCACCAUUCCAACCAUCGGAUUCAAUGUUGAAACUGUCGAAUAUAAAAAUAUAAGUUUUACAGUAUGGGAUGUUGGUGGUCAAGAUAAAAUUCGACCAUUAUGGAGACAUUAUUUUCAAAAUACACAAGGUUUGAUUUUCGUUGUCGAUAGUAAUGAUCGAGAACGUGUUGGUGAAGCUCGUGAUGAACUUCAACGUAUGUUAGCAGAAGAUGAAUUACGAGAUGCAGUUCUUUUAAUAUUUGCCAAUAAACAGGAUUUACCAAAUGCUAUGAAUGCUGCUGAAAUAACAGAUAAAUUAGGUCUUCAUUCAUUGCGUAAUCGUAAUUGGUAUAUACAAGCAACAUGUGCGACUAGUGGUGAUGGUCUUUAUGAAGGUCUUGAUUGGCUUUCAAAUCAGCUCAAGAAUGCCAAAUGA